AUGGCGCUCAAACACACGUCAUCAGGCUGCGUGGGCGAUAUUAAUCCUCAGCUCAACAACAACGUCGAGGAGACGGAGAGAGAGAGAGAGAGGACUAUAUUUUUAUCUUGUCUCAGGCUGCAGGAAACACUUCCACUCUGGCAUAGGCUUUUCGAUGUGUGAGGGGCGCUCAUCAAUAUGUGGACCUAUACCUCCGGACCCAUCACUGUUUCCUCAGUACUACAACAGACCUGCUUCAGCUCAAGAUCUCCGAGAGGGAAUCAGAGGCGGCACAUUAGCCCUACUCUCAGGACCCCUGGCUCCAGAUCCUGUUCUGCACCCUGACUGCUACAACGCUCGUAGCUCGGCACAUCACCCACGUAUCAGCCCCAAUGCCUCCCACAUCCAGGAACGAGGUCAGAGAGGUGUCAUAAGGGAGCUACUUAAACUGGACAUAUUUCCCACAACAGAGAUUUCUAAACCAAAAGAACGCAAGAGUGACUUUCGCAAAGAGAAUGUCCGUCGUCUUCGGGAUAUCCAGAGACGUUGUAAAGAACUAGAAGCAGAGAGAGCCCGUUCAACUCCAGUCAAAGCUCUCUGGACUUCACCCAAAUACCAGGAUGUUCCUUCCAAGUUCAUGACACAUCUACAGGUUACCAGUCCGACUGUCAAACCGCAGUGUCAGGACUUCCUAAGGAGUCAUUCUAACAAUAAAUGCCAGCCCAUGCCCAGGCCACGCUCAGCGUCCUCUGUCAACUUGCAACGCUCCAAGUCUUGUUCACCUAUAGGAGAGGACAAUGUGCAAUUGCAGGUUAAAGGUCAGAGCAUAGACUUCAUCAAGUACAAUGCCAAAGCUGCUGGAAAGACGAUGCAAAGAUCUCAGUCGCUGAUAAACCUUCGAGACAAACCAGUACCCAGCGCUGUCAUAGGCCAGGUGCCUCACUACUUAGAGGAGAGGAAGAAGCAGUGGCGUGAAGAGGAGGAGCGGAGGAAGAAGAAAGCAGUAAAUCCUGCCAUUCCACCUGGUCACACUUUGAUGGCUGACAGCGAGAGGCAGGACACUCUAAAGUCUCUCAAAGAGAGCCACCGCACCCUAGUGACAGAGCUGCUACUGCUGCCUCUCAAAGCUGACAAUUUGGGCGUCCGCUCACGCCGGGCUCAUCUUGAUAGGAAACUUUCUGAGAUCGAAGAGGCCAUUAAAAUAUUUUCCAGAGAUAAGGUUUAUGUCAAAAUAAAUUCCUAAUACACAAAGAGGAAGAGGAGGAACAUCCCCACCUGCUGGAUUAAAAUAGGUUAUUUGGAUGUUGGUGUUACAUAUGUGGCUGCAGCUGGUCAGUCCAGCAAGGCCUCCUCCGCUGGACUGACCACCAUCAGAAGCCCUGAUAUCCACUUGCAAUUUAAAUUCUGGUAUCUUUCCAUGAAAUUGGUAUUUAACGUAUUCCCAACAGUCUAUUAUUUUCAUAUUGUAGUGUCAUUUUGUAGCAUGUCACUUAACUGCACUGCUUCCAGUAUAGUUUUUAAGUAUGUGUAUAUAUAUAUGUAUAUAUAUAUAUAUAUAUAUAUAUAUAUAUAUAUAUAUAUAUAUAUAUAUAUAUAUAUAUAUAUAUGUAUAUUUUAUAUUAGUUUUAUUUUAUUUUAUUUUAUUAUUUUUUUGUCCAAUCAGAUUCCAGCUUCUUGGUGUUGCCAUGUCAAUGGUGUGAUGUUACAUCAUACAGUAGGACAAAGUGUUACUCUUACUGAGAAUGUAAUAAUCCACCUUGCAAGAGAAAAGGGCUCAAAAUGAGCUUGCGUAUGAAUAUUCACAUUUGUACAUAUACAUGCGUUUUACAUUAUAAAGUUUGGGUUAAGUUUCCAUCUAGCAAUAAGAUGUUACUGAAAGUGUGAUGUCUGUAUCGACUUCAUGCACUGGAAAAUUCUACUUUUAACCUGUGAUAUCUACAUUGAUUAAUUAAGUGGUUUUGGUUUUUUGGAGAACGUUGGCCUAAAGACACAUGCAGUCGCUCAUGAUUAAAGAUGAU